UUGGGAAGGAUGGGAAGAAAGAAAGUAGGGUGAUUUGAGAGAUGACAUCAUUCCUCAUUUGAAUAAAUCCCAGCCGGGGUAGUGAUUGGUCGUGAGAUGGAGAAAGUCGAGUUACUUGGCUAUUCAUCCCUUUCAAUUUCACCCCCGCGCGUAAUGCCGUGGUAAAACCCUCUCCGCCUGUCCAUCAGUCCCGGCCAGUAGAGAGUGUGUGCGUGGACUGCAAAUCGUUUUUUCUUUCUUUGGAAGGGACGUGCAUCACUUCUGGAAACAGCGGUCGACAGAAGUUUCUUGGUUAUCUGGCUGCUGUACUUUGGCCUGUUUCUCAUCUUGUUCGGUUUCAUUUUCUAAUUUGUUCCACUUUGUAUUCGAGGAUUCUGAAAGGAGUCGGAGGACAUUGUCCAACACUGGGCGUAGCUGGAGAUCAAGCUAUAGCUAGCUACACUGCGUUGAUCAGACUCCACCAUCGCCUGAGUGCAGUCACCAUCUUCAGUCUCAAGCUCUCCAGCCCUCCUCUGCAGAGACGGAUAGCCAGGACUGAGGGGAGAUGAAACCGGAUGGGGUUGCCACGGCAGCGAUGGAGCCAAUGGAAGCACUGGACGCCGAUCCGGUAAACGAGCCAGUUGCGAUGGGAGAGGAGCCUAACCAGGGUGCGCCGGCACCUCAGACGGAGGGAGUUGCCCAGCAGGGAGAGAUGGGGCAGGGCGAGCCUCAUCCAGAGCCAGCCCAGGUGGCCCCCACCAAGACGGGAAACAGCAAGGCUGCAGCAGAUCCGAAAGCCAAGACCAAGGCCCCCGCUGCUAAGACAAAGCCUGGGACCACCGCCACAAUUAAGACCACGACCGGACCAGGGUCUCGACCCAACACCGCCCAGAGUCGACUGACCAAUGGGGUUUCCAAGCCACAUGCCAACGGAGUGGCCAAGAAGACCACCACUGGAGCCCCAGAGAAGACCACACCCAAGAGGCCCGUAGGCACAGCCGUUGUCCCUUCCACUAAGACCACCACCAAGGUUGGUGAGAAGAAGCCAGCGGGCACCACCCGCCCUACCUCUGCUCCUGCUGCCACCAACGGGGUGAAGGCCACCACAGGAACAGCAGCAAAGAAGACGCCUGCGGCGCCAACUAAUGAUGUCAAAGCCACCAGCACCGCUGCUAAGAAGCCCACAGCUCCCCGGCCUGUCUCUACAGCUACCACCAAGCCCAGCACUGCUGCUGCUCCCAAGCCUGAUAGGCCUCCUGUUUCCAAGACAACCAGGCCUGCCACUGGUGCGCCAGGAUCUCGCCCUGCCUCUGCUGCAGCCAGGCCAGCCACAGCCAGCACAGCCAAGAGCUCCACAACCACAGCCAAGCCUGGCACCCCCACGGCUAAAACCACCUCCACCACCCCCAGACCAGCCUCUGCCAAAGCCGGCUCUACAACACCCUCUGCUGGACGGACCCCGACAUCACAGCCCUCAAAAACCGCAACUCCCGUCAAGAAAGAUGUUACCAAAUCAGCCACCAAGAAGCCUGCAGCGGCUCCUCUCACUCGCACCUCACCAGCCAAGACCACCAAACCUGAGACUCCCAAAUCAGCCUCCGCAUCCAAGCCAGACUCCACCCCCAAGAAGCCGGCUGCCAGCAGCAAGGCCGCAGACACCAAGAAGACGCCAAGCAAGCCCACGCCUUCAAAGGAUGUCAGUGCUGGCCCAAAGACCCCUAGUACCAAGCCAGCAGGGAAGGCUUCCACCCCUAAGAAGACUGUGGGCAGCAACACCCCCAUGGCAGUGAAGCGUGGCCCCAAGCCCACAACGGCGGCAGAGCCCGCGACUAAAGCGGGUGAGACCCAGGACGCCGCUGUUGCUGCCGCCAUAGCUGCAGCUGCCUUGGCUGCUGUGGUCUCCAUGGCAACCUCGGAAGAAGCAGUGGUGGCUGCAGUCCCAGAGGAGAAGGAGACUGUGCCCCCUCAGGCCAGCCAGCCAGAGGAGGCCCCAGAGGCCUUUAUCUCUCAGCUGUCAGCUCAGCUGGACCUGGUCCCCCUGGAAGAGCCAGCAGACACAGUGUCUCCCCUGGGCACCACGGUCAUGUCCCCUCCAUGCUCCCCCACCGGGCCCAUUUCCCCGGUCAUGGAGCCCCAGAAUGCCUCUGCUCUGCUGGACAUGCACGUCCAGCCAGAACCCAGGUCCCAGAACCAGUCUGCCAUGGCUCCACAGAGCCUGGUCCAGGAGGAGGUGAUAUUCCAGCCAGACCCUUGGGCCCAGAACCAGUCUGCCAUGGCUCCACAGAGUCCGGUCCAGGAGGAGGUGAUAUUCCAGCCAGAACCCAGGUCCCAGAACCAGUCUGCCAUGGCUCCACAGAGCCUGGUCCAGGAGGAGGUGAUAUUCCAGCCAGACCCUUGGGCCCAGAACCAGUCUGCCAUGGCUCCACAGAGUCCAGUCCAGGAGGAGGUGAUAUUCCAGCCAGACCCCUGGGCCCAGAACCAGUCUGCCAUGGCUCCACAGAGCCCGGUCCAGGAAGAGGUGAUAUUCCAGCCAGACCCCUGGGCCCAGAACCAGUCUGCCAUGGCUCCACAGAGCCCGGUCCAGGAAGAGGUGAUAUUCCAGCCAGACCCCUGGGCCCAGAACCAGUCUGCCAUGGCUCCACAGAGCCCGGUUCAGGAGGAGGUGAAGAUCCAGCCAGAUGAGCAGCAGGAGGACCUCCUCAUCCCCUCCUCUUCAGCCCCUUGUGCAUUCAGCAUGAUGUCUCAGCCCAUGAAUGAGUUCACCUCAGAGGUCCUGGUCUCUUCCUCUCAGGACCAGGAAGAGGCAGUGGAGAAGGCAGAUGAGGAGAUCAACGAAGAUGAUGACGAUGAGGAGGAAGAGGAGAGGACAGUGGGCAAGCCGACAUUACUGUUUGACAUGAGUAGCUCUCAGCCCUCAGAGGAGGCCAAGCCUGCAGGCUUCAGUGGUUCUACCGGUUGGCAUGGGGAUGAUGUCUUACCAGGGAUGGACUCUGAGGAUGUGAGCAGCCACCUGCAGGGGUCACCAGAGAUUAGCAGCACCCAGCAUACGGGCCUGCUGCAGGGUACCCAGAGCUCUGAUGCCCUGGUAGACUCCGGCCUCAAGGGCUCUGAGGGAGAAGGGGUGUUCAUGGGCUCCCCCGAUGUGGAGACCCUGUCCAACGAUGAGGAGGACGAUGAGGAAGAGGAUAGGAAAGUGUGCAAGCCAACAUCACUGUUUGACAUGAGUAGCUCUCAGCCCUCAGAGGAGGCCAAGCCUGCAGGCUUCAGUGGUUCUACCGGUUGGCAUGGGGAUGAUGUCUUACCAGGGAUGGACUCUGAGGAUGUGAGCAGCCACCUGCAGGGGUCACCAGAGAUUAGCAGCACCCAGCAUACGGGCCUGCUGCAGGGUACCCAGAGCUCUGAUGCCCUGGUAGACUCCGGCCUCAAGGGCUCUGAGGGAGAAGGGGCCUUCAUGGGCUCCCCCGAUGUGGAGACCCUGUCCAACGAUGAGGAGGAGCGAGUUGAUGUUGAUGAUAUGGAUGUGAGCUCAGAGCGGGCAGUGGACCACCGGAAGGUGUGUCAGCAUGAUGAUGAGGAGGAUGAUGAAGAUGUGGAGAUGCCCAGCGACGGGGUGACAGAGAGUGGACUGGAGAGCUGUGGGAAUGCAGACGAGGACGACUACACAGAGGAGGACCGCUUGGAUAACCUCAACCGUUCGCCCAUCCCACCUUCCUCAGCCUGGGGUCAGACAAACCCCUUCACUGACCCAUGGGCCCAGCCCCCCCUCUCCUCCCCCCACACCGCCUCCAGCCCCCUGUCUGACCACGGGGCUGCUGACCCUGAGACGCCCACCCAGUCCUCUGCCCAGGCCUGGUUGGAUCUCAGCGCCCCCUCUCUGACGCUCCUUUCAGAGCAGCCCUCAGAGCCCCAGUCUGCCCCUGAGGAGAUGGAGAGCUCCGCCCCAGUGGAGGCCUCUGCCCCCCCAGGGCCCCCUGCUGUGGGCAUGUCUCAGUCCAGCACUCUGAGUGGCACGGCCCUGGCCGUCCACAGCAGCAGUGAAACCAGCACUCCCGAGGAGCUCCGUGACUAUGACAGCAGCUCCGGGGUGGAGUCACACUCUGACAAGCAGCAGACCCCCGUGCCAUCCAAUGUGCAGCCUGACCUGGAGCAGGACUUGGGCAUCCAUCUGGAGCGAGGUGACGAGGAGGAAGAGGCUGAGACGCUCCCUGCCGACGAGGUCCUGGGAGCAGGCCCUCCUACUGCCCCAGCCUCUGCCCCCUCCUCCCCCUCCACCUCGGCAGAUGAGGCCAGCGACACGGAGGAUGAGAUGCAGAUCAACGACCCAGACGCCCCUGUCACCAUGGAUGACAGUGCUGAGUUCGACAGCCCAGCGUCCGCCCGUAUCCUGCCUGCCCUGGAAGAGGAUGAGGAGGUGGUGGAGGCGCCGGCCGGGGAAGGAGAGGAGGACGGGGGUGGCGGCACGCCCCAGUCUGCCAACUCGGUGGCGUCUUACGGCUUUGACUGCACCAUGUCCAACUCCAACGCCCACUCCACUGCCGAGAGCUGCGGUAAGAGCCCCGGCAUCUUCUCCCUGGAGAACGAGGACCAGUUGCCCGAGGAGGCCAAGGACCCCUCACUCAUCAAGGAGCUGACCCUGCCUGCAGCGGCCGCCCAGUCAGAGGAGCUGCUGGGAGGCCCUGUAGACCUGCUGCCCCUGGGCCAGCCUGGGGACCAGCACCACUACAUGCUGGGGGGGAAGAUGGAUGCUGACCACCUGGAGGAGGCCAACACCCUGGAGGACGCCCUCCGCCUGGGGCCCCAGCAUGCCGGGGAGGCCAGCGAGGGCCAGCCACCCUACUACUCUGCUAUAUGCGAUAAGACUGAUAGCUUUCUGGCAGGUAACGUAUAAGUCCCUACCCCUGGAAUGCACCUUCUCCCUCGCACCCCUCCCCCCUUGUUGUUCUUAGUUUUUCUCUUGAGGUGGGUUAGAUGGUUUAGAAAAACAAGCAAAUGAUGGUAGGAAACAAAAAAAAGCAAGGGGAACGAAAAAGACUGUAGAUCAGUGACGCCUCCCUCUUUCAUACUACUAUUAUGGUUAUGAAUGUAUGGCACUACUUUAUGUACAAUAGCUACUAGCUACCAUUUUCUAUUAGAAUGUUCUUUUUAAGUAACACGGCGUACUCCGUAACCCCCGAGGGGGCAUUGACUGACUGGUCCGUUGGGACAAAGCUCUUAAAAGAAAAGGAGGAAAACGAGAAUGGACUCUACCUACAUGUGUAUUUAUCCUACUGUUUUUACCAAACAAUUUUUUUUUGUACUUGUUUUGUUGGAACCCGGUCCUCCCUCCCCUAUGUACACACUCCGUUUUAUCCUGCACCAUAGAGAUGGUCCUACUCUCUUUUUUUACAAGUUUGUCUUCUUGUUUUCAACACCAUUUUAGUAUCGAAUAAAGACUAGAUAUUUAACAUGGCUUUCCUCCCCUUACAGUUUUGUUGAGGUCGGUAUGGGAGUGUUCGAUUUGAAGUUUGUCUAGUUUUAAUUUGCGCUACAGGAAGUUUGCCUCUCCCUGCAUAGAUUAUCAUGGCAAGUAACGUUGUCAUGUACGGUGUGUUUUGAGGCAUCUGUUUUAAGUGGUCAGGCUUCAUGCCUCUUAGUUGAUCAUUUGUGCUUCAGAACCAACUAACAACUAUUUGUGUGAAGAAAAAAUUGUGCAUUCCGCUGCAUUUAGAAUGACGCUCACUGAAAACGCUUUUCUCACUGAAACGCUUUUAGUGGUAUUGGAUAUUUCAACUUGCAUGUACUAACAUUGAAAUUGUAUCUGAUUAAGCCAUUAUACACUAGGGAUGUUGAUAAGUGAAUGGUUCACGCUAAGUAGGUUUUUCAAAAUUCCAUUAAACAUCAUUGCAAUGCA